GAUGUUUCGCCAUCGCUGCCCCGUUAAGGGUGGAGUGGUUCCGUGUUGUAAUUAUAAUUAUAACUAUGGUAUGUGUUAAGUCUUAAGUCACUCGCCGUGUGCUAGUUGUGUUUCUCUGUCGCGCUAAAUCCAUUGAGCUGCAUAAUGGCUGCGAACGACUGGAAGCAGAAAUGCGGAAGUGAGCUGAAGCUGGAAGAGAACAACUUGCCGAUGCCAGAUACGGUGGACUGGAAAUUCGUCUAUGAAAAGAAACCUCUAGGACGCAACUUGCUGAAGAACCCGUCCCCUUUCGGUUUGGACCAGAACACGCCGCCGCCUCCUAAGAAGGAGCUGGCAGGAAUGUUUGGAGCUGAACCUCCCCGAUCCGAACCAGAAGGCGACUUCAGUGACUGGACCACAUCCGAAGAAACGCUCCCUUACGACACCAGUGGGAUUCCAGCUGGUGUUGCCAUAUGUUACUUACCGCGGUUCAGCUGGUUCACCCUGGAGCAGAAAGUGGACCUGAAAGAGGAGGGAUUUUGGGAUGAACUUCUGGACGACUUUCAGCCGGAUAUAGCCAUUGAGGACUGGUACGAGGAGAGCCAGCUCCACAAAUCUGUCUAUGUGCUGAAGGUGACGCUGCUGGGAGCAGAUGGCCAGACGGUGAUUAAGGAGCACAUGCUCUCCCCGGAAGAGGAUCAACGUAACGACUCCCACACCUGGAAGCGGGUGACACAUGUCUUCUCCGGCUACGGGCCCGGUGUGAGGCAGAUUCACUUCCUCCACAAGCUGAAGAACAGGGAUCAGAUUCAUGUCACCCAUGCCACGGGGAGCUCCGUCAUCGUCAGGGCCACUAGGUCCACCAGGCCCUGAAGACGCUUCUAUCUGCACACUUGCACGUUGUUCCUAAUUUCUGCUUUUUUUUUGACAUGCGCUAUUAGAUUAACAGGUGUGGAGGAUGCAAGAACCUCUUAGGCUUUAAAUGAAAUGUGUUUUUCAUCCAGCCUUAAUCCAAACCAGAUGCCUGUGACUUUGCAUUUGCAGCAGUGGAGCUGAGAUGAGUGUCUAAUUCAGAAUUUUUGUGACAUUAAAAUAACCGCAGGGAAUAAAA